GCAACUUCAACGAUGGCCGUUUCGAGCAGUGUCGUUUCUGGGGUGACCCGCACAUCACAAGGUCAGUACAACAGAGGAAGGAACGCGGUUGCCACAGGUGUUGCUGCCAGGAUGAAUGGGAACGAGACGAUUUUCAUCAGCGAUCGAAGAGUUGAAACCAGUGGGGGCAUAUAUGCCUCUCGGAUCCAACAGCUUGGCGCAGCUUGCGUCAAGUAG